AUGAUGACAGCCUCUCCGCCGACCAAUCAGACGCCCAAACUGAGCGUGGAGAGCAUUUGUGCUGACCUACAGAAGAUUGCUUAUGCUAAGUAAGUGCUAUAUAGUAUGAGGUACUCUUUUGGGGGUUUUUGAGCAUUUUGUUACCUAAAAAUGAGUUUUGUUACCUAAAAAUGAAUUUCGUUACCUAAAAAUGAAUUUUGUUACCUAAAAAUGAAUUUUGUUACCAUGUAGAGCAAAACUGGACGAUAUCAAAACAAAGCAAUCGGAAUUCGUGACGGAAAACGCUGAGUAUCAGGAGACGGAAGACUUCCUGGAGAAGGCCCAGAAGAUGAUUAGUGAUUUGUCAAAGGAAAGGGACAGUCAUUCCGAUAUUAUUCAAAAAAUCAACAAGGUAGGACAGAUCACUGAUAUUUUUUGACUGAAUUUGGUGUAAUUAGGGCUUUUUUGAGGAAAAUAACAAGAACUUUCUUUACAAAACGAAAAAUGGCAAGAACUUUUUUUACAAAACAAAAUAUGACAAAAACUUUCUUUACAAAACCAAAAUGGCAAGAACUUUCUUUACAAAACGUAAAAUGGCAAGAACUUUCUUUACAAAACGUAAAAUGGCAAGAACUUUCUUUACAAAACGUAAAAUGGCAAGAACUUUCUUUACAAAACGUAAAAUGGCAAGAACUUUCUUCACAAAACUUAAAAUGGCAAAAUUUUUCUUUACAAAACAAAAAUUGGCAAAAAUCUUUACAAAACAAAAAACUGCGAAAACUUUCUUUACAAAACAAAAAAUGACAAAAACUUUCUUUACAAAACAAAAAAUUGCAAGAACUUUCUUUACAAAACAAAAAAUGGCAAAAACUUUCUUUACAACACACAAAAUGGCAAUAUUCACUAUAGUAUUAAUGCCAUUUCUAUGCAAAUCCUCCACGCAAACAGUUCAAAACCCUUUCUUGUGGCAAUAACUUUAAUUAAGCCUUAGGCAGUACUAGUGAAUGCUCAAAAACAAUUGUAGUUAAAACCGAAAAACGGUUUAAAGUUUUAGAAAUUAAGCCUUAACUAGCUAAAAAAUUCAGAAAUAGGCUUAAAAUCUUUAUAUUUCCAAUUUUCAAAAUUGGUUUAGCAUUAAUUAAAGUUGGCAUUUGGGGAUGAGAUUAUUGUAAUAGUUUUAUGUUUUGUAAUGUAAAUGAUUGCUUAUGUUGGAAGAUACUAAUACUUCAUUGUAGUGAUGUGUAUUAUCAUGUAGGGGUGCUUAGCAUAGGGUUAGAGUUGUAUAAUAUGAGAGGCUAAGGCUAGGACUAGGACUUCAGCUAGUGUUAGGGCUAUUGCUAGGGCUAUUUUGGAAAAUGCUUCUACUGUAUUGUAGUGACGUGUAUCAUGAUAUAGGGGCUUAUAGGAUACGGUUAGGGUAGUAUGAGGGGCUAGGGCUGGGGCUAGGGCUAGGGCUAGGGCUAGGGCUAGGGCUAGGGCUAGGGCUAGGGCUAGGGCUAGGGCUAGGGCUAGGGCUAGGGCUAGGGCUAGGGCUAGGGCUAGGGCUAGGGUUAGGGCUAGGGCUCCGGGCUAAGUCUCAGGUUCGGAACCAGGUCUCGGGCUUGGGCCUGAGCUUGCAAUAGGAGUAGGACUCGGCCACCGGGGGCUAGGACUGUGGCUCUGGACCAAGGCGAAGGCUAGGGCCAAUUUUAGUUCCAGGAUGCUCCUUCCUUUUUUUACCCUGCCUAUUUGCUCUUUCUUACCUUUCUCUCUCUUCUCCUCCCUUAAGUUCUCGUUUCACUUACUGUCUUCCCCACCUCUGGCCAUACCUAUAUAUAACCAUCAAACCUCUAUGUAAUCAAAUCCAAACGACUACGGUACGCCGAACCGCUUUCGUAGCCGAUAAACCGCCAAUUCUUUUACAAUCCAUGCGUAACCUGUUGUCCAUGAAGAAACGACUACAUUACAUUAAUGCAGUCUCGCCAACAUACGACGUACGAAAUCAGCGUGAUAAGUACGCGGGGAAAGGUACUUAACGCUGUACUGCGCACUGUAAGCGACUUUGACGUGCUUAACGCGGAACUUCCUCCGGCUGUAAAGGUGGGACAAAUGCGACGACACGUGUGAAUCGCCGCGUCGUCUACCGUAGUUAGGAAAUAUACGACGGGAUCGUUUGCUGGCAGUGUGUUAAGCGUCAACAGUAUUACAAUCAUGUGGAGUGUAAUAUACUAAUACAUGUGGUGUUGGGGUUGUGAAAGGUGUCAUAAGGAACGGCUUUGGGCCAGAAAUUAGGCUUUUAGUGCGUAACCAGGCUAGGGCCGGACCGAUAGCCACCUCUAAGUAGGACCGAUUACGAGCUAUAGCUACCUCUAGGUAAGACAGGAUACGAGCUAGUUAAGAAGCAUAGUAAAAAAAAUUUCAUUACUGUAAGACUAGGGUAAAGUUACAGUAGGGUAGGGUAGGGUAGGGUAGGGUUGGGUAGGGUAGGGUAGGGUAGGGUAGGGUAGGGUAGGGUAGGGUAGGGUAGGGUAGGGUAGGGUAGGGUAGAGUAGCGUAGAGUAGGGUAGGGUAGGGUAGGGUAGGGUAGGAUAAAGGGCAGGGUAUUGUAAAAACUGGUUUUUAAGCAAACCAAGUUUAAAUGUAAUUGGCUAAAACAAUUGUUAUUAAUAGUCAUGUAAUACCGCUUACGCUUGUAUGUAUAUAAUCGUCUCGGAAUGUGAGAAUUAAGCCAUCAAGAAUUUUCAUUAAUUAAAGAUCGGGGUGUUAAACAGUUUUUUUAUUUAAUAAUAACGAUCACUGUCCAAGCACUAGCUCAGGCCCUAGCCUUAUCCUAAGCCUUAGUUUUACUCUAAGCUCUAGCCUUAUCUUAAGCCUUAGUUUUAUCCUAAGUCCUAGCCUUUUCCUAAGGCUUAGCUCUAGCCCUAGUUCUAGCUUCAGCCCUAGUUCUAAGUUUAGUCCUACCUUUAAACUUAGGUCUAGCCUCUAUUGUCAUUGCGUUAGUCCGAGUUGUAGCUUAGACUUAGUCUUAGCUCUAGCUUCAGUCUUAUCCUUAGUUCUAAGUUUAGUCGAAUUAACCUUGGCUUUGGCCUGCUUUAGUCCUAGCGUUAAUCAUAACUUUAGAUCGAGACCUAGCCCCAAAGUUAACCUCAGCCCUGGUUUUUGUCUUAGUUUUCGUCCUAGGCCAUCAUAAAAUUGUUUAUUUAAAUUUGGAAAUUUCUUCCAAUAACAAUCAAACUACCGUUUGGUGUUUAACUCUUUCGGUUUACUGGUCGUAUGUAAAACCAAACAAUCUGUAAAUGAAAAGCGAACACGUUUGGGAAUGUAAAUGUAAACCGCUUGCUCAUUUUACAGUUACGCCGCUGUCGUGUGAUAUACGUAACCUCACUUUGGCUUAGAGUUUGGUUUAACGGCCGGAGAUUUUUUUGUCGUUUUUAGGCUUAAAAUGAGUUUUUGUGGACUUGUAAAGGGGUCGGGCCCAAUUUUUCGGUUUGGUUUUGUUUUAAAUUUUUAUAAAAAAAACAUUUUACUGGCCCAUGUCUGGUCUUCAGGCCUAGGUUUAUGUUAUUUUACAUUAGAAUCAACGAUUUUAAUACCUAAAAUUUCCCUUUUCAGGACAAAAUUGAUAUGCAGAAGCUAAUAGAUGACACUCGUGCUGAACAGACGGCCAAUGAAAAUGAAUUGGCACAACGUUAUACGUUGGUAUAUCGACUGGUCGAAGAGUCGAAACGGUCGUUUAAAGAAAUUGGCAUCAACGAAGAGCCGUUUGACAUCAAAGACCUCAUCCCACAGACUUCUGUUUCACUGUGA